AUGGCUUUCUUCUUCAAUCGUGGUCGGUCACGCCAGCCGUCUGAUGUCGUCAAAUCAAUCAAGGAGUUGCUGGCUAGACUGCGUGAAUCUCCCAGCACUGCCAAGGUCGAAGAUGAUUUGGCCAAGCAACUUUCCCAGAUGAAAUUGAUGGUUCAAGGAACCCAAGGAACUUUCGCUGACGUUGGCUUACCACCAGAAAUCGACACAUCCCCUGAGCAAGUUCAGGCGCUGGUCUCCGCCACGAUCCAUGAAGAUCUACUCUACGAACUCUCGCGUGGUAUUCGACUGCUUCCAUUUGAAGCUAGAAAAGACACUCAGACCAUAUUCUCCCAUGUCUUCCGUUUCAAGCCGGCGCACGGCAACAAUGGCGAUCCGCCCGUCAUUUCCUACGUUAUCCACAACCGCCCCGAGAUCAUCAUUGAGUUAUGCCGUGGCUAUGGGUUCAGCCAGAGUGCGAUGCCUUGUGGAACCAUCCUGAGAGAAGCUCUGAAAUUCGAUGUCGUCGCCGCUAUCCUCCUCUAUGACCAGUCGGCCGAUGGGGAGCCAGCCAUCAGACUUUCAGACCUCCAGCCGGGCGUAACUCAGGGAGGAGAUGGCGUGUUUUGGAAAUUCUUUGAGUGGAUCGAUAGGGGGAGCUUUGAAGUGAGCGCUGAUGCGUUUACAACUUUCAGGGAAAUUUUGACUCGACACAAAACUCUCGUGACCGGCUAUUUAGCGACCAACUUUGAUCUUUUCUUUUCACGGUUCAACAACGUCCUCGUCCAAUCCGACUCGUACGUGACCAAGCGACAGAGCAUCAAGCUCCUUGGAGAGAUCCUACUAGACCGUGCCAACUACAAUGUGAUGAUGGCGUAUGUCGAAAGCGGGGAGAAUCUCAAAUUGUGCAUGAAAUUGCUCCGAGACGACCGAAAAAUGGUCCAAUACGAGGGAUUCCACGUUUUUAAGGUAUUUGUGGCCAACCCGAACAAAUCGGUAGCGGUGCAGCGCAUCCUCAUCAACAAUCGCGAUCGCCUAUUGAAAUUCUUGCCCAAAUUCCUGGAGGACCGCACCGACGAUGACCAGUUUACCGACGAGAAGAGCUUCCUGGUGCGCCAGAUUGAGCUGCUGCCCAAGGAGCCUAUUGAACCAGCACGCUCUACCCCAUCUCGAUCGGGCGUCAACACGGCUGCUGUCGCGUAA